GCUGCUGUUGCAUAGUCAAUCAGCCCCGCCCCUCCAGGGCUGCCUGGGGGAGUGGGAAUAAAGUCAGAUAGCGGAUCUGGCAGCAAAAGGAAAACGAGGGGGAAAAAUACUCGCAAGAAAGUUUCCUGCUAACUUUGCAGCCGCGGCAACAGCUAUGCCCGUGCGGUGCGGUGCCUCGGGACUAGGGGGGCUUGGAUCGCCUUAGGGAGGGGAGGGAGGGGGAGAGACAAAAGUGUGGGGCUGGCCGGAUUAAAGCAAAAUAAAGAGCAGCACCCCUCCCCCUAAGCGAGAAGAACCCAGCAGAAGCGUGUGGGGUGGAGAAAACAUCCUGGGGAGAGCUGACCGGAGGCAGUGAGCGAGGAGCGGAGGGAGGGGGCACAGAGAGACCCAGGCAGGCGGCAGAGUUCGGGGGAAAGAUGAGCUUGUUGUCAGCCAUAGACACCAGUGCUGCUUCUGUCUACCAGCCUGCCCAGCUCCUCAACUGGGUCUAUCUGUCGCUGCAAGACACCCACCAGGCCAGCGCCUUUGAUGCCUUCAGACCCGAGCCCUCUUCUUCUCAGCACCCCGAUCUCAGCUACACCAAGAACAGCCCGGAGCUGGGCUCGUCCCUCAAUUCCAGCUAUCUGAACAGCUUCUUCCAACUCCAGAGGAACGAGGCGCUGAGUAGCAGUCUGUAUAAGAGCGCAUCUCCCUAUGGCUCCCUUAAUAACAUAGUGGAUGGGUUAAGCUCACUUACUGAGCAUUUCUCUGACCUAUCCCUCUCCUCGGAAGCCAGAAAACCCAGCAAGAGGCCACCUCCUAACUACCUAUGUCACCUCUGUUUUAACAAGGGACACUACAUCAAAGAUUGUCCACAGGCUCGUCCAAAAGGAGAGGGUUUGACCCCAUACCAGGGCAAGAAACGCUGCUUUGGUGAAUACAAGUGUCCCAAGUGCAAGAGAAAAUGGAUGAGUGGAAACUCCUGGGCUAACAUGGGACAAGAAUGUAUCAAGUGUCACAUCAACGUUUAUCCUCACAAACAGAGACCCCUGGAAAAGCCAGAUGGCCUGGAUGUUUCAGAUCAGAGCAAGGAGCAUCCUCAGCAUCUGUGUGAGAAGUGCAAAGUUUUGGGCUACUACUGCCGUCGUGUGCAAUAAACCUUCAAAGGUGGCCUCUUCUGUCUCCAUCAUCCUGCGAGAUUCUUUGGCUGCACACGAUCAAGAGCGACACAGAAUCCAAGACAAAAAAAAA